AUCACGGUCACGCAGGUCCCCUUCAGUUGGACACACCAGACACACACACUUCACAGGUCACCCUCACACACUGCCUGCAGGUCUGGGAACCUCACACACACACAGGGAGAGCAUUUCUGCUGUGGAAUUUUGUCGCUGUGAGAGAGUUCUGUGGUGGUGGAAUAGUUCUGUGGCUGUGAGAGAGUUCUGUCGGAACUGACCUGCUGGGUUUGAGAUGUGACCCGUCAGAGCCAUGACUGACCGAGUGACAUCAUGACCGAGGCCCAGAGUGGCUGAGAGCAGGGAGGACAGUGGUGUGUGUGUCUGGACCAGGAGGCAGCAUGACGGGGGUGGCAGUGUGCUUCGGGGCGGUCAACUCCAUCAAGGCGCUCUGGGAGACCAGGAUCAAGAAGAGCAAAGAUGACCAGCAGAAGCAACGAGAGCUCCGGGACCGGGCAGCCGUGGGACGGCUGACAGGGCCAUGGGAGGACCGCAUUGCUCUGAACAAGCUCCGAGAGCGAAUCGUGACGGAGGAUGGACGAGUCAUCCUGCGCAUACAAAAGGAGGAGUGGAAGACCCUUCCUGCUGCGCUGGUCCAGCUGUCAGAGGUGCACGAGUGGCAGCUUCACCGCACCGGCCUGCAGCAGAUCCCGCGCUUCAUCAGCAGCUUCCAGCAGCUCAUCGUCCUCGACCUCUCCCGCAACGCCAUCACCGACAUCCCCAAAGAGAUCGGUAAGCUGACGAGGCUGCGGGAGCUUGUGGUCAGCUAUAACCGCGUGAGCAGCGUCCCAGAGGAGCUGGGCAACUGUGAGAGUCUGGAGAAACUGGAGCUGGCCAUGAACCGGGACCUGGACGAGCUUCCAGAACAGCUGAGCAACCUGAACAAGCUGCAUCACCUGGACCUGUCCAUGAACCAGUUCACCGAGAUCCCCGAGUGUGUGGUCAACCUGCCCGCUCUCGAGUGGCUGGACAUGGGAGGCAACCAGCUGACGAGACUCCCUGACGACAUACACAGGAUGGAGAAGGUCCAUACCCUGUGGCUCCAGCGGAACGAGCUGGAGCAUCUCCCUGGCAACAUCAGCCGCAUGCACAACCUGGACACUCUGGUGCUGACAGGCAACCGCCUCAAGGACAUCCCCAGCCUGAUGGAGGACAUGAACAACCUCAGGUUUGUGAAUUUCCGUGACAACCCUCUGACGUGGGACGUGACGCUGCCGGAGGCGGCGGCCGAGGGUCCGGAGGACGACGACGACAGGGAGAUGUUCGGACGAGAGUUCAUGCAGCUGUACAUCAGGGAAUCGCGCAAGAGAGACUCCCAGGCCACGUUUACGUCAGUGCUGAAUGUGACGCUGGAAGAUGUGUGUGAGGCGCCACCACUCUCCUGACUGUCCUUCAUGUUGGCCUCUGCACUUCCUGCUUCCUGUCAGGCGGCCAUUGUCCGUGUCCUGUCCUUCCUGCUUCCUGUCAGGCGGCCAUGUCCUCCCUGCUUCCUGGCGGCCAUGUUUUUGUCCUGUCCUUCUUGUCAUGUUUGAACACAUGUCCCUUUUAUGCUCCUAAUGAAUGGCUCAUGAUGUGAUGAUGUCAGCAAAAAAGUGUGUGUCUAUAGUUGUCGUUAGCAGGAGAGUGUGUAUUGUUGUUUGUGUGUUUUGUUCACCUGCCAGCCGAUGCUCGUCCAGUGUUGUGUGUGAUGUCACGCCAGUGAUGACACGUAGGAGUCUUUUCUGAUAUCUAACCCAUACCCACACCUCAAAACAAAUAAAACAUGGAUGAAACUCAGGACUCCCAGUGGAGUCCUGCAGCUGCCUCAUUGGCCAAUCAGAAGAGGAACAAAAACAAGUCGGAGGUGACGCUGUCCCCUCUUGAUGAUGUAAGCCUGGUCCCUUGCUAUAUCAGCAGCGGCACGAGACGCUGUCCCCUCUUGAUGAUGUAAGCCUGGUCCCUUACUAUAUCAGUAGCGGCGCCCCUGUGUGGCCGGGGCGGGGCACAGCGGUGAGCAGCACGUUCUCCAGCGAGAUGUCCGGAGUGGUGUAGGACCUCAGGCCGGCCUCCAGGCCUCGCUGCUGCAGGUAGUGGACUCUGCCCUGGUCAAUCAGCAACUUACACAGCCGGCCGAUGUGCUCACGCUCCUCCACAGACAAGCUGCCGGGAGGAACACACACACACACACACACACACACACACACACACACACACACAUUACGGACUCAGUCACACUAUUUCCAUGAUGGUUAAACUGCUGCACUAGCCCCCAGCUCCAAGUUCCACUCUCUCAGUCUGCGUCUACACUGUUGAAGUGUGUCUGCAAUGAAUUAUCUUUGUGACGGUAAUAAAAUGUGUUAUUAUAAUAUUUAUUAUAUGAUAAUAAAAUGUGUGGCGUCUACUGCUGACCUGUCCAGGUGGUCUGGUCCGGUUUCUUCCCCUCCCUCGUGCUCCUCCUCUUCUUCCUCAGCUGUGUCGGGGCCCGCGGUGCCCUCUGUGGUGCCCUCUGUGAUGCCCGCGCUGGCCACUGCUGUGCCCUCUCUGUGCCCACCGGCUCGGCUCAUGCCACACGUGGCCCAGCUGGACAUGCGCUGGAAGGCCCCGAACUCGGCCGCCCCGAGGCCGCGCUGGCGGAAGAACUCUUGGCCCACGUAGUGCUGCCAGUCGCAGCGGUGGUGGCAGCACAGAGCGAUGGCCACUCCGCCCACCUCCGGCUGCUGGGACGGAGCGGCCACCGAGCCCUCCCUCGCGAUGUCCGCUCUCACGCGCUUACUAGACGGCUCGUCGCCAUCAUCACCUGGCACUGAUCUCUCCAGCAGACACCGCAGAGCCAGGUCUGUGCAGAGGAGGAGGAGGAGGAAGAGGAGGAGGAGGAAGAGGAGGCAGAGGAAGAGGAGGCAGAGGAGGAGGAAAAAGAGGAGAAGGAGGAAGAGGAAGAGGAGGCAGAUGAGGAGGAGGAGGAGGAAGAGGAGGAGAGCAGGGAGGGAAAGAGAGAUGCAUGAUAAGAGGAAAGGGAAACAGAACCAUCAAGCAGCAAGAAACUAGAUGAAGACAAUGAAUGGAGUGGCUUGAAAUGUGACGCAGCUUGAAAUGUAGCCUGCUGAUGCAUAUCACAACACAUUAGAAGCUACUUCCACUUAUUUCCAUUAAGUACCAAUGAAAUGAAUGGAAGUAAUGUAUCAAGCAUCUGGUAAAACAACAAACAUUUCCAACGUCAACACUGGGAUGCCAGACUGGCCAGUGUGGACGUGUGGCCAGUGUGGCCAGUGUGGCCAUGUGGCCAGUGUGGACGUGUGGCCAGUGUGGACAGUGUGGACGUGUGGUCAGUGUGGACGUGUAGACGUGUGGCCAGUGUGGACGUGUGGACGUGUGGACGUGAUUUUAUUUACCUGUCGCAGCGCCACACAGGUGUUUGCCCACCCCCACCACAGGCAGGUGUUUUUCCUGGAGGAGGGACACUUUACCUACACACACACACACACACACACACACACACACACACACAGAGUACAUUAACACACACACACA